AUGGCGGCAGCAGCGGUCGACAGCGCGAUGGAAGUGGUGCAGGCGCUGGCGGAGGAGGCCGCGCCGGAGACGGCGGGCCUCAGCUGCCUCGUCAAUCUGCCCGGCGAGGUGCUGGAGUACAUACUGUGCAGCGGCUCGCUGUCGGCGGCGGACAUCAGCCGCGUCUCCAGCACCUGCCGGCGGCUGCGCGAGCUGUGCCAGAGUAGCGGGAAGGUGUGGAAGGAGCAGUUCCGGGUGAGGUGGCCUUCCCUUAUGAAACACUACAGCCCCACUGACUACGUCAAUUGGUUGGAGGAGUAUAAAGUUCGGCAAAAAGCUGGGUUAGAAGCCCGGAAGAUUGUAGCCUCGUUCUCAAAGAGAUUCUUUUCAGAGCAUGUCCCUUGUAAUGGUUUUAGUGACAUUGAGAAUCUUGAGGGACCAGAGAUAUUUUUUGAGGAUGAACUGGUGUGUAUCCUAAACAUGGAAGGAAGAAAAGCUUUGACCUGGAAGUACUACGCAAAAAAAAUUCUUUACUACCUACGGCAGCAGAAAAUUUUAAAUAAUCUUAAGGCUUUUCUUCAGCAUUCUGAUGACUAUGAAUCAUAUCUUGAAGGUGCCGUGUACAUCGACCAGUACUGCAAUCCUCUCUCGGAAAUCAGCCUCAAAGACAUCCACGUCCAGAUUGAUAGCAUCGUGGAGCUCGUGUGCAAAACCCUGCGUGGCAUCAACAGUCGUCACCCCAGCUUGGCCUUCAAGGCAGGCGAAUCCUCCAUGAUAAUGGAAAUAGAACUCCAGAGCCAGGUGCUGGAUGCCAUGAACUAUGUCCUUUAUGACCAACUCAAGUUCAAGGGGAACCGAAUGGAUUACUAUAACGCCCUCAACUUGUAUAUGCACCAGGUUUUGAUCCGCAGGACAGGAAUCCCAAUCAGCAUGUCCCUUCUCUACAUGACAAUUGCCCGGAAGUUGGGGGUCCCCCUGGAACCUGUCAACUUCCCAAGUCACUUCCUACUAAGGUGGUGCCAAGGUGCAGAAGGGGCCACCCUGGACAUCUUCGACUACAUCUACAUCGAUGCUUUUGGGAAAGGCAGACAGCUGACAGUGAAAGAGUGCGAGUACUUGAUCGGCCAGCACGUGACUGCCGCGCUGUAUGGGGUGGUGAAUGUAAAGAAGGUGCUGCAGCGAAUGGUGGGAAACCUUUUAAGCCUGGGCAAGCGGGAAGGCAUCGACCAGUCGUACCAGCUCCUGCGAGACUCGUUGGACCUGUAUCUGGCAAUGUACCCGGACCAGGUGCAGCUCCUUCUCCUUCAAGCCAGGCUCUACUUCCACCUGGGAAUCUGGCCAGAGAAGUCUUUCUGUCUUGUCCUGAAGGUGCUUGACAUACUCCAGCACAUCCAAACCCUAGACCCCGGGCAGCACGGGGCGGUGGGCUAUUUGGUGCAGCACACCUUAGAGCACAUUGAGCGCAAGAAGGAGGAUGUGGGCGUGGAGGUGAAGCUGCGUUCCCACGAGAAGCACAGAGACGUCUGCUACUCCAUCGGGCUCAUUAUGAAGCACAAGAGGUACGGCUAUAACUGUGUGAUCUAUGGUUGGGACCCCACCUGCAUGAUGGGACAUGAAUGGAUUCGAAACAUGAACGUCCACAGCCUGCCUCAUGGCCAUCAUCAGCCCUUCUACAAUGUUCUGGUGGAGGAUGGUUCAUGCAGAUACGCAGCCCAAGAAAACUUGGAAUAUAACGUGGAGCCUCAGGAGAUCUCGCACCCCGACGUGGGACGCUAUUUCUCAGAGUUCACGGGCACUCACUACAUCCCCAACGCAGAGCUGGAGCUCCGCUACCCCGAGGACCUGGGCUCUGUGUACGAGGCCGUGCAGAAUAUUUACAGCGCAGAGAAAGAGCACGUGCAGUAAGUCCUGAGAGCACAGUACCUCCGCCGCUGCCGUCUUCCAGGAGAGCAGGAUUCCGGAAGAAGCCUCCACGGACCCCUCUGGAGUCACCCGACCAGGAAGGCCACUUAACCAGGAGUGCCGCUCGCCUCCUUCUGAGUUUAGAUACGCUCUCCUCCAGCUGCAAACACAACGCCGCUCUCCGCCUACACUAGUGAAUUCAUUUGAAAGGCACUGUGUUCAGUGGCAUGGCUUGUAUGCUCGUCCUGUGGUGACCGUGUGUGACAUUCUGUCUUCAUGAGGUCUCACCGUCGACACUCUUAUCUUCAUUCUUUUUCUUCACUUUCCAUUUUGUCUCUUAACAUUUGUCUCAGAACAUUUUAUUUGCUGGACAGAUGGGGUUACACGUUUGCAGUCAUUUCUUUUCUGAUUUCUCUGUGAAACACGUGCAGUCCUAAAUCAGGAUUGUUUGUCUUUUACCCUGAAUUUAGUUGCUUAUUCAGAGGUGAAGCUGUAAGUGAUCUUGGCAGCAUCUUGGAGAUUGAGACGUUAACAAACUAAUCAUUUACAUUUGUUUUUUUCUAAUUGAAACAGAUUUUUCAGGCAUUUAUCUUGUUCUUUAUUUGAAUUAGGGGGAUAAUACAGUUUUCCCUUCCACAGUCCCCUGUUGGAUUUAUGCUCCUAUCUCUUUGAAUCAUUACUUUUCUACUUUAUUACAUAAAAUUCUUUGAGAAAAUGCAUAGUAAUGGCGUUGGUGAUGGAUUUUUAACAUGUUCAUCUACUAUUCCUCCCUUUAAAAAUUAAGUACCUCUUUUUUCUUUUUUCUUUUUUUUUUUUUUUAAUUUUUAAAAUCUACUCCAGUGACAUAAGUGGAUCAUAAAUCAAUGAUUGGGUCUCUUUAUAGUGGGAAGUACAAUCUAAUGUUAAAAUGUUUGCUUUUAGAAAUGAUACUCUGUGGUCUCCGAAGACAAAAUGAGGUUUCACUUUUGUAACCAGAAAAAAGGAAUAGUGAACCUUAAAAAUGAACGAAAAAGGUUUCAUGCCCCCUGUCAUUUCUUAGAAUCACUUGAAGACCUUUUUGAAUGUGGCAGGGUAGAAAUAAAUAUCUUUCAUUUUAAGAGUGUUUGAUCAGUGGGAAGGGAAGCGUGAGUGUAAUCUGCUUUCUCGAGUUACCAUUGCCAUGAAAGCGUAAGGAUGAAGCCUGUACUCAAGUCCUACGCGGGGUCUGAUGUCUUAUUCAGACUCCACUGGCUGCUUUUCCAUGUUCUUAGUAACUGAGCAUGAAGGUACCAAGUCUGUAUGUAGCUCUGGAACUCCCACCAUUUUCGACCUACCUGGUCUCAAGUGAGCUAAUCUUGUAGUUCACCAUUAGCAGCUAACUUCUGGAGUUAGGACCUAGUUACUUUACUCUCUAAGUUUAAAAGACUCCAGUUUCUGUAGUGAACGAGGCUUUAGGGAGCGGGAACCUAGUCCCGCCUCGCUGCUUGUCUGUCCCAUUUGCAUGCAGUAUUUUCCCACCAUGUUUGAUGACUGCCUCUUGUUUAUCCUUUGGAAACCCUGGGAUGACCGAGACAGGGAAGCCACCUGAGACAUUUAAUAGCAAGUGACGGCUGUUAAGCAGUUAUUAGCAAAAGAUGGGGAUUUGGCCACCCGACUCCGUCCAAGCCUGAAUUCGCUAUCAUUCAGUGUCCAUGUUCCUCGUCCGUCCAAUCCAAAGGCAGACGAUUUGGACUUGCAUUUGAAAUUGUGACCACUCACAGUGCCCAGCCUGCCUGCGGCUGGGGGUUUUACACUACUCGUCUAAAGGUGAAAAUUAGAAGAUGUGGAAUAACUAUUAACGAGAUGCAUUACUAAGAAACUGUGGCGCAUGCUGAGAGUUAUAAUUGUUGGUUUUCUGAUUGGAUUUCCUUUUUUUCUUCGAGUAACAUCAAAGCCAAGAAAGAUAGUUUUACCUUUACUGACCCAAUGUAAAUAUGUAUCUAGACUGUUUUUAAAUGUGUUUCUUCAUGAAUGCUUCAUUUGGCUUCCGAAGGCCUGUCUCACCUGUGUAAGUUGGUAUUUGGGCACUUUAUAUUUUUCUAAAAACGUGUUUUGGAUCCUGUACUCUAAUAAAUCAUAAGUUUCUUUUAAAAAUUUUUUCCAAAAGUUUCCAACCCUGUUAUAAAAGUAGAACUUUCACAAUGUUAAAAUAUUAAAUAUUUGGAUAUAGUAACUUC